CUCCACCCAGUCUGCCUGUCUCCAGACCCCCUCCAACCCAGUCAUCACCACCUAACCAGCCACCUCCUCAAGCCCCAGUUCACGAUUCAGCUUCCCCUGCGUCUCCAAAGCUGCUGGACAGUCAUGAUAAAUCUGAGUUUAGCAACUAUGACAGCAGUGAAGAGCUCGCUGUCGCAACAGAACGUCCUCCAGCUUCACUCUCUGAUAACACACGGCACACUAUGGAGGUUGUAACCAGCUCUCGAAUCCUUUGUGAACUAAAGCCAGAAGUGGACUUCACUGCCAAGUCUGUGCUUGUCGAAGAAGAAGAAGAAGAGGUAGAGGAACCAGAGGAACCUUCAGCCAUGUCAGCUCCACCUUCAGAUACAAAGAUCACUAUAAACUAUGAAGAAGCAGUGAAGACUGUCAUCAGCCCCCUGAUUGAGGUUGAGGAGCAAGAGGAACCAGAGUCAGAGUCUGAAGAUGAACCAGAAGAGCAGCCUGCUGCAGAAUCUGAGGAAUUACAGCCAAAUGUGGAUCAUGUAGCAUCUGAGGAGCCCAGAAAUGUGGUAGCGAUCUCAGAUGAUGAAGUUGAUGAAGACCUACCAGAGAACCAAGAGUUGUGUGUGAACGCAUCAGAGUAUGAUGUGAUGACUGAAGAAGAUGAAUCUGAAUGUGGCAGACCAAUGAAUGGUACAGAGGAGGUUGAUAUAUCUGAGCACAGCGCUCCUGAGCGCUACUGUUACACGGUUAAUCGUGAGGAGGAAGAUGAUGAAAUCCAAAUGGAGAUGGUGACCGAGAAUGGCGAAUCAUCACCAGAAAGACUGCUGCGUGUGAGAGCAUUAUAUGACUACCAAGCAGAGGAUGACACUGAGCUCUCUUUUGAACCUGGUGACAUCAUCAGUGAUGUGGAGACAAUCGACAAAGCGUGGUGGAGAGGUUCCAGCAAAGAUGGGCGCCAGGGUCUCUUUCCUGCCAACUAUGUAGAGACCAUAUAACAACUUUUCCUUUAAAGAUGGUUCCUCUUCCCCCUUUUCGUUUGACCAAUUCUCAGGAACUAAGAACCACGAAACCUGGUCUAUGCGGAUGAACCAUGUACUCUGAGACUAAGAGUCACAGGAAAAGGGUUGUAAGUAGUGUUCACAGGCACAACUUAGCCAAUGAUUCCUUUUGUUCCAAAACAAGCAGCCAAAGUCGACAAUUGAGACUUUAGUGAUCAUCAACUGCAAGACUGAAGAGGAUCUCAGAAACUGAAAUACUUAAGUACAAUUUCUGUUACGACUAUACACGAAUUAUGAUCAUUUUAUUUACACAUUACAUCAUUUAUUACUUACAUACCGUUGUUACAGUUAUCAUUACCAAAUGAUACCAAAGGUGGUGGAGAGGUGUCUACUGGAGAACAGGUUUCAGUUGAAGCCUUGUUACACAUAAAUCCAAUUUACGCAGUCACGUCAAUUGGUCCUGAGUAUAGAGACUUUUUUCAGAACUUGUACUGUGUUAUAGUACCAAUAAAAUAGAAAUAGUUGUAACAUGCCAGUUUUUAUAAAAGCAGAGACAUGUUUACAGAAUUCUGAAUGGCACCUGUCAUGCCUGCAUACAGUAGGUGUGCAGAUGCUACAAAAGUUGUCAUUACCAAGACCAAAUGAUCUGAUCAUAGCAGACCCCUAAGAAAUUGGGAUUCAUCAACAGAAAACAGCCUAGCGGAGGGAAUAAAACAUACAGUGCCUUGCGAAAGUAUUCAUACCCCUUCAUUUUUUUCAUGUUUUGUUAUGUUGAUGC